CGGGAAGACGCCACGAUUGCAUCCACCGCACAUCUUGUACGAUAGAGAAGCAAGGAUGUCGAUGUAUCCAGGGGGCGCUACGGAGGGAGCGGUAGAUCCUUCAGGAUUGACCCUCCAAGUGGAGCAGAAUAAAGACGGAGCGCCGGCGGAUGUUCGCGUCGCGACAGUAGUUACGGCCUCGUUAUGUGCACUUACUUUGUACUUGUAGUACCCCUCCUUCAGCUUUAUUUUUCAAAAAUAACUGAAAGACCUCACUUCUCAUUCUCUUUCUCAUAAAACUUCCGAUCCCACUCCCCUUCCAAUUCCUACUCUAACCAUAGAGGACAAGAUGUGCCGCUCAUCUUAUCUGGCCCCUCCGUGCACGAUCUCGUAGUCGGUUUGUCAUGGGAUUUUGAGGACGGUCAGGAACCAGUCGACCUAGACUGCAGCGUCUUAUGCUGCAACAGCGGCGGCGCAGUGCUCGAUGUGUGCUUCUACAACCAACCGAUUUGUAUGGCGGGGGCAAUCACGCACAGUGGGGACAACAAAACAGGUGAAGGAGCAGGCUUUGACGAGGCGAUCGCGUUGGACAUAGAAGCACUUCCACCAGGUGUUUCGCUGCUGGUUUUUGUCCUGAACGCCUACCAAGGAGGAACGCUGAGCACAGUGAAGAAUGCAAAAGUUACCGUCAUGGAAACGGGAAAGCCAGAGCCACUUGCAAUGAGUUAUGAAGAACGUAUAACAAUGUAGUUGUGAGACUUGUAAGUCAGCGUUGUUGUUGUAGUUCUUGUCCUUCUACCCAAAGAAAUACAAGCUGAAGCUUCUAUUCUCAGCUUUCUAAGAUUCUAAUCAAACCCGGCCAGUAUUCGCAAGGCCGACUUGACAGGGAUGGUCCUCGGUUUCCUCUACAUUUUGCCGCAUAUGGGAGAAAACACGUGGAAAUUUCGAAACGUUUCUAGAGCGUGCCAAGGUAGAAACUUUGAGGAGUCUUUACCAGAUGUUCAACGAGCUCUAGGGAUAUCAGGGCUCCUCAACGCAGCUUGCGCUAACAUGGUCAUGAGUAUGGACAAGAAAUUCGACAUGCAGAAGGGAGAUUUUUUGGAGAUACCACCUCAUUUAUUCAAGGAUGGAAGUGAUUUGUUCGUAGGACUGGGAUGGGAAACGCGAGGUCCUGGCGUAGAUUUAGACGCGAGCGUGCUUUUGGUAGAUGGACAGGCGAAUCUGGUACUUUUCUAGUAACAACUUGAACUUGAGAGAGCUCGUAGUUCGUAGUUGUAGAGAUCGGCGCUCGACAUUGGAUCAUCUCGUCUUCAAUUUCGUGACUACAAAAGUACCCCAUGCGCCCUCUUCCACUAUCACCAGAUUGAUGUCGCCAGUUGGAGCAAAUCAAAAUAGCGUAUUAUAACAAGUACAUACUAUGUAUCUUUUUGCUUAAUUUCAUUGAUGUUUCUGGUCGUUCAAAGCGGUGAUUUCGAAAAGGUGAACAAAAUUCGUAAUCGAAGUCUCAACAAAGACACCGAGCAUAUUGAUAUUCAUUCUGCCACUUCUUCAUCACCAGAUUGAUGUCGUCAACUGGAGCAAUCUUUCCUUUAUGCAAGGCGCAAUAAAGCAUGGUGGAGAUAACUUAACCGGACAUGGCAAAGGCGACGACGAGCGGAUAGACAUAGACCUCGAUCGCCUACCUCCAGUUGUGCAACAACUGUUUGUGGUGGUAUUUUUUUGAGUGAGUGCUUGUUGAAGAUUGUAAUCAAUCUAUCAAAUUCUGUAGGUGAAACAUAAACAUUGUAAUCAAUCUAUCAAAUUCUGUAGGCGUGAAACAACAUAAACAGCAUCUACAUCUAUGAUCUCGUUCUAUCUUCAGAUACUAUUACUACCUCAGUCGACGGACCGUAUCCACGCAUCACCCUGCUCUACUAAUUCUUGACAUCAGGUAAACGUCUACAAUUCCGCGAACAGUUUUCAGGAUGUCACGGAUGCCUACGUCCGUCUAUGCGCAGCUAAGAAUCAGCACGAAUUCUGUCGUUUCUGUCUGGUAAAACAGACACUGCAGGCCAGUUGCCUGAUUUUCGCAAGGAUUUUUCGAGGACCGAUUUCUGGGCAGUGGUUUUUUAAUACCAUUGGAUUGGGAUGUCAAGGCAACAUGGCCACACAAGCCUCUGUCAUAGGUGGAUGCAUAGCCUCUGUGAACGGCUUCGGACAUUCGAAAUUGGAGAGGCCACAGGGUCGCGAACUCCUGGUUCAGCCUCAGCCAGUUCAGAUAGUAGCGCAGCCAGUGGUUGCGCAGCAAGUUGGUGGCGGGGCUCGACCGCCACCUCAAAAUUCCAAAGGGGAAUGCUGCACUGUGCUUUGAGGCGAUUACGAGUUGAAGAAAAAGCUGGGACUUUCAUUCUUUUCUUAGGAUUCGCUUCAAUCUGUAUCUGACACGACCGCCAUUUGAGAUGGCUCAUCAACGCUGUAUGAACAACAACAAAAUGAAAAUUUUUGUUGUUGUGGUGGACUACUUCUUUCUCUCAACAUCAAAGCCCCCUGAUUACAACAUUCAAAUAUCACCCGCCGACCCGAGGGCGCCAUCUCGGAGAGCGACACUCGUGAACAUUGUUCACUAUCCGGAGGCGUUCAGUUCCAAGCGAGUGAGUAUAUUUUUUCAAAAUGGUACU